UGCUGGCGAUCGGACACCAUCAGGAGGAAGCCCUCGCUGAACCGACCGAGCGCUGCUGGGGCGGGAGGGUGCAGCGCAGCGCACCGGCCCCGGGAGUUAGCCAAGAGCCCGCAGAAAGGCGGGUUUGCGAAGAGGGAGCAGCGGAGGCGAGAUGCACCGCGAAGGACGAGCCGCUCUGCCUCGCAGGACCCGGGAGCCGGCCGCCUGCUGGGGGCUGGCCAUGCACUAAAGGACCCGGCCGGGGGCUUCCCCUGUGCACACGCCGGACCGCCCGCUUUGGAGGGGGUGGGAUCGCCUCGCACCUCCAGGCGCCCCGGGGAAGGAAGAAACCCCCUGCGCCCGGAACCCCUCGGAGCUCGCCCGGGGGCUGCGGCCGGGCUUGGCCGACCCGCUCCCCCACCGGCGCUUUCGGGGCAGGGGUCGCUAAGGGAGGCGCUGCCCGAAGGGGAGGUGGCGGGGAGACGGGCACCGAGAGGCGGCUGCGGGGCGCCUGGUGCAGCGGGAGGAGGAGCAGGAGGCGGCGGCUGGGCAGCCUGACAGCUCGGGGAAGUUGUCCGAGGGAGAUUACACGGCGAAGCCCGCCCCAGAUGGCACUGGGCAGAGGCGAGCGGAGGAGGCGGCGGCGCUAGCGGAGUCCCCCGGGGCUGGAGAGAGACGGAGCCGGCGAGCCAACGGGCUAAACAACAGGGGUGGAGCAGAUCGCCGCAAAGAGCAGCCCCCCGUGCGCCCUGGGGCUCCCUGGCCGCGAGGUCUCCUCGCUCCAUGGCCCCCAGCCGGAGGGAUGAGCCCCGACGGGCGUGAAGGGGGCAGAGAGAAAAUGAGAAGCCAGGCGAGAGCGGGGGGUCUGCCCGGGCAGCCAGCGGGCAGGAGGUGAAGAGCGCCCCGGGGGGACGGCGGCCGGUGCCGCCAGCGCCACAUACCAAAGAACCCGGGCCCCGCGCAGCGCAGCGCCCGGCGCUUCCUUUCCCCUCUCCUGGCUGGCGAAGAGCCCCAGGGCCAGCGGCGGCCGGACUGCGCCGGGGCAGCGCGCAGAAGGAGCGCAGAGACUGAGGACCGCGCUCCCCAGGGGAGCUCAGCGCGCCCGGGAGAGGGGAGCGCCCAGCCCCCGCAGGAAGCCUCGGGCAGGUGCCCGGGGCAUGGGAACAAGGGCGCAGCCCCCUGUCGGCCCCCGCGCUUCGGCCCCUGCCCCCGGCAGCCCGCUUGGAUUAACUCCCGUUGGGUUUUGCUAGAAAGCCGAGCAGCGCACCCGCCGCCUCUGGAUCCCGGCUGUCUCCGGGCGUGUGAAAUUACCUCACGGCUCCUUCCCGACCUCCGGCCAGUAGUGCAGAGAAGAAGAAGGCAGCCACAAUGCCUGACUCGCCGGCCGACGUGAAGACUCAGUCCAGAUCGACACCCCCCAACAUGCCUCCUCCGCCGCCAGCCGUCACGCAGGGAGCCACGCGGCACCCCUCCUUCACGCCAAACACCAAUCAAGAAGCUGGGCCUCCGACGUUUCUGCCUCGCGGCCGUUUUCAUGGUUGCUUGAAAUGGUCGAUGGUCUGUCUUUUAAUGAAUGGAAGCAGCCACUCCCCUACCGCUAUCAAUGGAGCUCCUUCCACCCCCAACGGGUUCAGCAACGGGCCUGCCACCUCCUCCACUGCCUCCCUGUCCACCCAUCAGCUCCCUCCCGCCUGCGGCGCCCGGCAGCUCAGCAAACUCAAGCGCUUCUUGACCACCCUGCAGCAGUUUGGGAACGACAUCUCCCCGGAGAUCGGGGAGCGGGUGCGCACGCUGGUGCUGGGGCUUGUGAACUCCACGCUGACCAUCGAAGAGUUCCACUCCAAGCUCCAGGAGGCGACUAACUUCCCGCUGCGCCCCUUCGUCAUCCCCUUCUUGAAGGCCAACCUGCCCUUGCUGCAGCGCGAGCUGCUCCACUGCGCCCGCAUGGCCAAGCAGACCCCAGCCCAGUACCUGGCCCAGCACGAACAGCUGCUGCUCGAUGCCAACGCCUCUUCCCCCAUCGACUCCUCUGAGCUGCUCCUGGAGGUCACCGAGACUGGCAAGAGGAGGACACCAGACAGGACCAAAGAGAACGGCUCGGACCGAGACCCUCUGCACCCCGAACACCUCAGCAAACGGCCGUGCACCAUGAGCCCCGCUCAGCGGUACAGCCCCAGCAACGGGCUAAGCCACCAGCCCAAUGGGCUGCCCCACCCCACCCCGCCACCACCCCCGCACUACCGCCUGGAGGACAUGGCCAUGGCGCACCACUACCGGGACACGUACCGGCACCCCGACCCCAGGGAGCUCCGGGAGCGCCACCGGCAAGUGGCCGUGCACGGCUCCCGCCAGGAGGAAGUGAUCGACCACAGACUAACAGACAGGGAGUGGGCUGAGGAGUGGAAACACCUCAACAACCUGCUGAACUGCAUCAUGGACAUGGUGGAGAAGACGCGGCGCUCCCUCACCGUGCUGCGCCGCUGCCAGGAGGCCGACCGCGAGGAGCUCAACCACUGGAUCCGCCGCUACAGCGAUGCUGAAGACAUGAAGAAAGGCCCCAACCCCCCACCCCGCCCCCACAACAGCUCCUCCAACUCCGAGGCCCCCCCAUUAGACACUCACCGGGAGUUUGUGCCCAGGCCCCUCUCUGGUUACAUGCCCGAGGAAAUCUGGAGGAAAGCUGAAGAAGCUGUGAACGAGGUGAAGCGCCAGGCCAUGUCCGAGCUCCAGAAGGCGGUGUCGGACGCGGAGCGCAAGGCCCAUGAGCUGAUCACUACCGAGCGAGCCAAGAUGGAGAGGGCCCUGGCAGAGGCCAAGCGCCAGGCUUCCGAGGACGCGCUGACGGUGAUCAAUCAGCAGGAGGACUCGAGUGAGAGCUGCUGGAACUGCGGGCGCAAGGCCAGCGAGACCUGCAGCGGAUGCAACACGGCCCGCUACUGCGGCUCCUUCUGCCAGCACAAGGAUUGGGAGAAGCACCACCACGUCUGUGGGCAGACUCUGCAGGGCCUCCAGGCCUCCGCUGGCGCAGCCCCUUCCUCGGGGGUGGGCUUAGGGGUGGGCUCAGCUCAACCGGAUGUGGUGGCUGUCAGCGCCUCCAUCACCAGCGUGGCCACCAUGGCCGCCAGCCCCAGCGAAACCGGCUCGGCUGCUGCGUCGCGCUCCGGCACGCCGGCCACCCCAGCUCCUCUGGAAACAGCAUCACGCUAA